AUGGACAUACAACUCGUCUACUUGAACUGGCUGGUGAGUAGAUACAUAAACAAUUAGCAUAAUAUACAUAAAUGAACUAAGACAGCUAUCAAGAGCAUGAAAACAGCAUUGGCUGACUCACGAUAUUAUCUGCAAUCGAUUGUCAAAUAUACGAAUAAAUAACACACACAGAUUCUAAUCCGAUGGACAAAUGAGAGUUUACGCAAUGAGGGACUUAAACAAAACCUCAGUAUAUUGUGCUCAUCCGCAGCUACAUUCAGUGGGCGUAAACGGAUGCUUUCUCCAUGGUUUAUAAGCCAAUUUUGAUAAAUUAGCUCCUUAAAAUUCCAAAGAAGGUACAAUAAUUGGUGCUUUUGGAACAUAUCUUUCGAUGCAAAUACGCUUCAAAAGGCUUCAAUCCAGAGGGGGCUCUGGCCCCGCCCAGCCCCCUCCAGCCCCGCCUAUGAAGGGGCCAUGUGCUGGCAGGGAGUUCACAUUUAUUUUUAAAUAAGAUAGACAUUUUUCAAGUCAAUUCUUUGAUAUUGAAUUUGGUCCAAAAGGGCUCUGAUGAUGCCAGCCGAUUGAAAAAUACCGGAAGGUAGCACUAAAAGUAAUCAAAUCUAUAAAAGAUAGCAUCAUUGAUAAACAUAGAACAGAUAAUGAUAUUCUUCUAUUUUCCUCCCUUUCUCGUUUUCAUCAGCUAUUUCACCUGACACUUAAUAUCCCUUAUAAAGCUAAUAAAAAUAUACACUUCGAUAAAACCCUGCGUAUAAGUCGUGCGUAUGUCUAUAUUAAAGCCAUAUUAAAUACAUAUAGAACUAUAUUAGGUCUUAGUAAACAGUCCCCCACUACUCUUAUAAUUUCACAUUAAGAAGAACAGUAUGAUACAUGAUUAAAUAGUAUUUUGACAGUUUUGAUUGCGACUUACCAUUGAAUGGUUCUUACUCCUGAUAUAUAUUCAUCUUUUCCAGCUCUUAGUCCAGAAAACGAUGGUUAGCCUCCUGAAAAACACGUAGGAACUGUGCGACCGCCCCCUUACAGCUGGCCAGAUAGACUGACAUCCAGCAACUAGAGCACACCGAAAUUUACCCAACAGGAAAAUAAUUUCAAGGUCAGCCCGAUAUCAAAGGACAUAGUAUUCAUGCCCCCGAAAACUACCAAACUGCAAACUUCAAAUUUUAUAUUGUACAUAUCGUUAUUUUUUUGAAAAUUUGUUAUUAUUUUCCCUUAGAACAAAGAUUUUUUUAACUUAAAACAAACUCUCAAUUCGCGCUCUUUAGGCUAACCAGACACCCAAAGCAAAUGAAGUCAAAGUGCAGUUUAAAUUGAUAAGUUUGUUUUAGGUUAAUUUCCUGAGUUCAAAGGUGACUGACAGUACCCAAGGGGCGCUACAAUAAACCUAUUCUAUUCUAUGACACUCAGAAUGGACCACCGGGAACUUAGGACGCUGCCAUUAAAUUUCUGUAUCCGUUCACAUUUCCUUCUUUUGUGCGUAUUAUCACUUCCUAGGGUCCCUCAUCAGAAAUGUUAACUUCUUCGAUUGUAAAGUUGAUACAUCGUGCCCCUCACAGAAAAAGCUCUAUCGACACUGUUGGCGGAACCUUCUGUAUUUGCCAUAUACUAGCAGUGUGGUCGCAUUUCCAUGACCCACUACCUGGGCUGGACUCGGCGCCGAUCGCCUUCAGACUGGUUUUCUGUUCACCACUUUGGCAUGAUUGGCCUCGUCUGGCGUAUGAAUUGUGCCUUGAUAAUUCCCGUUUGGAAACUUUUACACAAGACCACAUACAGGCCAUAAUAAUAAGUAUUAUUAUUAUUAUUACUAUUCAUCUACGAACGUUCGUUUAAUGUCAGAGAAAACGCUGAUGGCCUUUUCGACGCCCAAAACAAUCAGGAGGAGGGCUUUAGAGUCGCAUAGCCUGUUCAGAACUUUUUUCAGGGCCCAGUCAUUAUUGUCCCCGUUGAUCGCUUGCCAUAACUUGAUGUCACCAGCAAACGUGACGAAAUUGAAAUCCAGUCCAUUUAUACAGUCGUUGACGUAAAUUAAAAACAGUACUGGUCCGAGCACAUAGCCCUGGGAAACUACACUUACAACUGGGGUUGCCUUCGCACUACCAAUAGACGCAAACGUUGAUUGGUCAACCAGAAAGUCCUUUUCCCAGUUUAAUAGACUUCACUCUGACCUUGGAAAUUAACCGGUGGUGUGAAACACUAUCAAAGGCUUUCUUGAAAUCGACGCAGAACGAUAUCGACCCCUGUUCCCUCGUCCAACGAGCGGAACAAAUGCUCCAUUAAGCAGAACAUAUUUGUUUAGCAGGAGUGAUUUCAUCGACAGCCGUUUUGGGAAAAAGCAAAGAAAUUUUUUUCUUCUAGGAAAUUUGAAAUGGCAUUUUGAUUAUUCUCUCCAUAACUUUGCAACAAAUGCAAAUUGAUAGCACAUGUUCUAGAUCCAUCCUUGUGAAUGGGGCAUAUGUUCGACACUUUCCGAUCUGAGGGUAGAAUGCCUCGGCCAAAGGAUGGUUUGAAGAUAUGUAAAAACGGUAUGGUGAGUUCGAAAGACAACUUAUUCUGAACUUCUGCCAGAAUUUGGUCUGGAUCCGGAGAAAUACAUUCCUAUAAUGCUAGACGUUCCAUCCUCACAUGUUCAUCCGUGAAUUCAAUGUUUUCUAUUAUUUCGUCGAUGGGUCCAGCAGGCAAACUAGACUCGCCAAAGUCCGUCUCCUCGGUGAAAACAAAUGAGAAGAACUGGCUAAGAUAAUAUGACGUAGCGUCGUUUUCGAUGAUAUACUGAUUUCUAUCUCCCUUCAACACUUAGACUUUCUUCUCGAUCUUUAACCUGCUGUUUAUGCAACUGAAGAGCUCUUAUGGCUUCUUGACGGCCCGUCCGAAAACUCGCGUAUCAUUCUCCUUCCGCCUCUUGCAGAGAGCCAACCUUAACUCUUUCCACUUUCGACAAAACUGCUCGUAAUGAAAUGGAUGUUUUGUUGUUGCAUAUAAUCUCAACAGUUUAUUCUUCCGGUUUACCUCUUUCCUGAUAUCCCGCGCUAUCCAUGCGGGACGAUUAAACUUUUUGAAUAUCUUUGCUGGACAAUUACGAUGCGUAACUUUAGUCAAAUGUUUUUGGAAGUUUCAAAAAACAUCUGCAUGUCGGAUAAGCACGUCAUGCCAUUUCACUGCCGAUAAUCCACUUUUCGUGGCGACAAAAUCUCCUUGCCAGAAAUCCAUCCGAGGGUCAGUCGUGUUCGUUCCCUGGCUACAUAGGGGUUAUUCGGUAAGCAGCAUGACAUUGUGACUCUUACCGGACGGUGCUAUUAAUCUUUGUUCGCAAGGACUAAAUUGGUCUUUUGUAAUGACGAAGUCCAGACAAUUUGCUCUUUGGUCCUAUCUGAUCCUGGUCCGGACUGUGACAUUUUGUACUAGAAAGGGAUUAGCCGUUAACUUUGAGAGCCUGUAAUCACAAUGAAUUUCGCAAACCAAUUUACAAUAAAUUGUUCCAGUAGAUCAUGGGCGCGUUGAAGUUUCCGGUUAUCAUUAGCUCAUAGUUUUGUGACACAUCUUUAAUUAACCCAAACAACGCCUAGUCAAACUCAGGAGCUUGAUUGGGCGGCCUGUAUACUGUCAGAAAACUCAGAUCAGGUGCACCACACAUUCACAGUUUUUACCAUAGUUUGAUGUUCCCUUUUCGAAUGAUGAAAUUUAUCAAUUUCUCUCAAAUAAAGAGGAAUGAAUUUAAUUUGAAGGAGCACAAAUCUAUCGCAUACAUGUGAAUGCGCAUAGUCACUUUCGACUCUGCUAUUGGAUGCAAUGGUUCCGCUUCCGCUGAGAUGCAUGAUAAUGUAAUCGUUAAUUCUAAGUUCUAGUCUAUUUAACAUCUGCAGCCAAAUUGUCGUCCUUGUAUCGGUGUACUAAAACAGUUGGAGGUCGUGAGGAAUGUUUAUAUAUGAAUAUGGAAACAAAACUAGAGUGUUGGUUAAGCAUUUAUGGAGGUGUAGAUCUCGACCUCUGUGUGUGCCACACUGGGGAUAUUGCUCACAUGGCUUGUUACAUACUGCACAGCAGAAGCAAGUAUGCAUAAUGAGAUUAAUUGCUUUGCAUAUAGGAUAGGCUUUGAUCCGCAAGUUAGCGACUAAUUGUUAAGUUCAUUGGGAGCCUGUUGCACGUGCAGCAGCCCUGUAACUUACUAUAUAGUGGUAGUGGCGUUCUAACUGAUCAUAUAUAUAUAUAUAUAUCCAUGGCUGCUGAUUGGGCUCGAGAGAGAUGCCUUAUGGCACAAAGGAACGAGUGAGUUCCGUAUGAACGAUCGGUGAGCGCCCCCUACCAUUACACCAGCAGGAGUGACAAGGCAAAAUGGAUUUUUCGGCGUGUUUAAAUGUUAACUGUUUUGCACACUUACUUCACGCCUGAAGACGACUUGGGGAACCAAGAUCGAAAAUUUACAAUAAAACUUGUUUAUCUUUCCCAAAGAGCUUAUUUUUUUAAAAAAACAUACGCAUAUAUAAACUUAGAAUUUAGCAAUAAUAUUUCUUAUUAUUCAAACAAUUAUUAGCGGUUUAAGACCUGUUAAUACAUACUGACAGUACUGUCUGUACGAAGUACGUACUUCGUCUCUUGCAGAAGCUUUUCAAGUUCGGUGGAAAGGGCCGCGAUUACUUGAAGCACGCUGGAACUCAACGUUUCAAGAAAACGCCACGUCCGAAUUUCGUAUUAUUCUGAAUGGCCGAUUAGAUCCUAAAUGCAAGGAACCUCUGAAUAAAACUGUCUGCAAAUGCUCAAUGACCGACACUUUUCCAAAUUCAGAGAAUCACGUUCAGCUGGCUGUCUGCAAGUUGAACGAAAUUUAUGCCACCCGAUGUGAACGCUUACUCAAAGAAAAAUCUAUUUUUCUUCCGCCUGAAGGUAAACAAACACAAUAACGUUUAAAAAAAGAUCGCUCGCUUAUUUGCUACCCCUGCCAACACCUGGCCGCACCUUGUCGGUGUGGCCAGGUGUGGCCAAGCUCGGCCAUGGCCACGCCAAAUUUGAAGAAAUGUCGGAGGACCUCCCAACCGUGUAGGUGACCACUUCUGCAUUGCAAAGUGCUAAAUCAGUCAAGAUAUAUCCUAUAUCACUCAUAAAGUACCACGAAUCUGCAUAUUGUGAGCAAUGGUUAUGUCUCGAAAUCAGGUGAUUAAGGUGCUUUGUUUAAGUGGGCCAAUGCGACGCCACAUAAACGUCCCUGCCAGCACCAGCCGCAGCAUAGCCGCACUUGGCCACACCAUAUUUGCCUCGGCCAAGUGCGGCCAAGUGCGGCUGGUGCUGGCAGGGACGUUUAUGUGAAUAAUUUUGUUAAUUGUUGACAGAAAUAUGGCAAAAUAGUUAGAUAAGUAAUGAAGGCCGACAUCUUUCAGCGAUCCUAGAACGUGUUAUAAUUUCCUUAGAUCAGAAAACGCUCGAGGCUCAUUCUUAAGCAUUUCGCUUUUUUAUCUUCACACGAACACACUUGCAACACCUAAAUAUAUUUUGAGACUGUUGUAAACUGCAUCUCUCCAGAUGAUAGAGCACUUUAAUCCCACCUUAGCACACAAAUCCAAUGCAAACCGAAAAUCACGGAGGCAUCAAAUGCGGCAGGCCGUUGACCAGACAAACAGGAUUAUUUCGUUACGCUUGGAAAGAUCGCUGCAAAUUUUUCAGUCAAUGAGUAAUUUAUUACCUUAAUUACUGCAAAAGGCCAUGAUUUACCGCAUUAUUCAGAAAAAAACAGUCAUCUGAAUCACCAAAGGCGGCCGCAUAGCAAAAAAUAUUAAUGGACCGCUAGGGUUAAAAAAAUCGAAAAGCACAGUCCAGUCUCGUGCGAGUUCUCAUUAUUUCUAACUUUAGAACUAUUUUUGGUUGCAUAAGUAUUCAUAUGCGCGCAAUAUUUGUAUUCGGUAAUGAAAACAAGUCCAGCUCUUAAAAAAGGUUAUUUGUGAAUUUUGGAAGAAAAACUAUCUAAGGAUUUACAGUAUCGUACGUGCGUGCUAUUGCACAGACGUUUUAAAUAUUAUGUUUCCGAUUAUAACUGAUUAGCGAGAAUUAUAUGAUAUCACACAUACCUAUAUCUGUGUUCGCAUGUCGUCCUUUUUACUCUGCUCCCAAUAUUAAUGUGAAAUCGGAGAGCUGGCGUACGUCGAACUUUCCGAUAUAUUUUUUCGCAACAAUUUUAUUACUAUAGAUUACUGCAGAGGUCUUCUGCUUUUUUAACAAUAUUAUAUUUUGCAGAUAACUGCAUAAGAAAAGGAGCUGGCAUUACGUGUGUGCCCUUAUGCAAUUUGUGUCUCUACAAAUAAGGAAUUGGGAUGCAGAUUCCAUUCUCCAAUAAUUGCUCUUAUAAUGGCUAAAAACUUAUUGCUGAGACAUGGAAUGCGAAAUGCGACCAAAAGACGCCUAGACUGAUUGCCCACCGCCACAGCCGUAUCGACUAAUCUGCAUGAGUAACUGAGGUGAUCGCCUGAAAUAAACUGGAUUGUCCGUUCAUAGACAUAUUUAGCAAAAAGAGAGCCAUCACUCAGUGCCUAAUGAGAGUAAUGCAAUGUUCGCAUUGCAGCUUGUUUCCAUUUCCUUUUGACGCUAGAAGAAUAAAAUAUGAAUAAAUUCUAUAAUGAUAGGUUAUGAAACCCAGGUAUAUGGUAAAAGCAGCCACCUUGUCGUUGAUUUUGAUACAGCAUAAGAAUAUGAUGUUUAAUUAGACGACGUUGUCCACAAUGUCGUCGGAUUGGAUGCGAAAUGCAGUGUAUGCAGCGUUGGGUGUCGGUUGAUUCAUGACCAACCAUUUGUCCACAUUGAUGGUCAGUCCAAAGUUGCGUAAGUUAAAAGGUCAGAAGUUUCACGCUCAGUUGAGUGGACAUUUUUGUCACAGUGUUGGAUGCGCAGUAAUCCCAAACAAGGGUCUUGGGGACAGCAGUUAUAAAGGGUCUGGCGAGUUCUCAAUGCGCCGGCUGUUGUUAGGAUUUCCGUCGGCUCCGCAGGCAAGGCGGAACUGGGGCACUCAUAAUGGUAGGCAUUCAUUAACGUGGAUGAGAGAGGUGAGGGAGGAUGCUCAACUCUAUUUCACUUUGUUGGUUAAUGUAAAUGUUUCUGAGACUGCUGACGGAAGCGAACAGGCGAGUUCCAGGUUGCAGUUCAGAAGACGAUGAUGCGAUCACUGGAACAAGAAAUUUAUUUGCCUUACGCUUCGGAUUCUCACUCGAAUCCAUCAUCAAAGACAUUCGCAGAUAUAGGUGAUGGUGGCACAAGGAAUGCCGUAUUUAUAGCACAUGUCUGCCCUGGGACCAUAUGCACGCUGUAAUUUACGGCUCUCGCAAUCACCGCUGGGGUCGUAAUUGAUGCGGUUGCGGCUUGUCUGUCGGAGUCCGAGUCGUUAAUGGCCGUGAUUUCGUCAUCUGUGCUGGACGCUGGUGUGACGAUUGGUCGGCAAAUCCCCUUUCUGUUACUGGGAUAAUUUCUCGCCCGCGCCACAUCCACGUGACUGAUUCCUCUGCUCAAGGAAAAUCUCAUCAUGAGUUUGGCGCCACCGGAGACCUAGCGUCUCCCUGCGUCACUGCAGCCUUGAAAAUGUGACUAAUCACUCAUGCAUGUAUGACCUUGACUGGAUAGCCCAACAUCUGGUGUCUUUCAAUGAAUUACGUUGGAAUCUCUAACCUGCACUUUGUUUCGCAAAAAAAGUAUGCUAGAAUGUGGAAAUGAACGGCGUAACACCGUCAAAUAGCUCAAAACAAAAGCAUCCAAUAAACGUACGAAUUGAAUUCCCUUCCUACUAAAUCUGCUCAAUAUUAUUUAAGCACCUCUUUAAACUUGUUUGCCUAAAAUAAAUGCCCAAGAAAAUUUUCACGUAACAUCACAAAGUCCACGAGGCAAAAGGUAGAUGGGGAACUCCAACAAAACACCCAUAUCGACAAGUUUGCGACCAUCUUUGCGUUGUCAGUGUGAGCUUUCAUAAAUGCAGCAGAGGAUGGGUCGAAUUGAAAAGAGUGGGCUGUCAUUCUUGUGGAAACUGUACCCAGAUUGCAUAGUCCAAGAAACGAGCUAAGUGUAGCGAUGAAGAAAAUGCUACUUACAGAUUACCAUAAUGUGCUUCCAGUGCAGUGUAUCUGGGCGAAACUGGGACGGCCCUCGCAAUCAUAACUGUUCAAAAAUUGGAGGAAAAUAGAACGUUAUCUAAGUAAGUAGACAAACGUAAUCUAUAUGCUUGUUAAUAUGCUGUUUGGACAAACGCCGUCUUAUUUUUCCGUGUAUUCAACGCAUACAGCUUAUUUCUCGAAGCUGAGCUGUAGGAUGAUUUAUGUAUCACGUUGCACAUGGCUUCUUAUGUCACAUGUGUAAUGUCAGACGGAAUGACGGAGGCUGAUGGUCAUACUGUAUGACACACAAUUCGACGCAAACGCCAAGACAUGGACAAUUAGGCAACGGUAUGGAGAAGGACCCCACUUAACUGUCAGUAGACCGUUAAACGUGCCAUGCGUGGUUUGUGGUAAAGGGAGGUUUAUGAGUGAUGCACCACGCUAGACGGUAAGCUAAAAAAAAUAAACGACAAAAAUCGCCUGGAUUUAUGCCGAAAGUCUUAUCUAGCGCCACUGUACGACGACGGAAUUGAGAGUAGUAAUUAAACAAUAAACAAAAGGCAAAUUUCACAAAAUAGCAGAUUUGGAGUUAAGGUGAGAGGUCGUGGAAAUUAAUCGUUGUUGGCAGUGUAAUUUUCACAGCAGCCUGCAAAUGUACGCCAAGACAAAACCGCAUUUGACACGAUCCACAGUCUACUGACAGUCAAGAGGGGUCCUUCUUUAUACCGUUGACCACAAUUAUAAGCAUUAAUGACGUGCGUCUGUUAGAAACAAAAUGCAUAACGUAGUAGCUUCGGUAACAGUCAAGUGGAAGAAAUUGGCUGCUCUAAAUAUGAUGUCGACACCAACCUUUUCAAUUGUCGUCUACAAUUGGAGCACUCCUGUCUUUUAGGCUUUAUAUAGAGUAUUUAAGAAAUCUUAUUAACGCCAAGUAUUACGUUCUUGCUUAAUACAUCUAAGCCAAGCUCUGCUAAGCAAAGGUGCAAGCUGGACAAAAAUGCAAAUUGCCAAUAAUAUUUCAACUAAUUAUGAGUAGAAUUCCUUCACAGAUGGGAGGUUACCGCUGAAGUAAAUGGCCAAGCAGUCCUAAAAUUACUUUGGAUGGAAAAAUUAGUGAUCACUGAAAGGCGUGUUCUUUUUUAACUACGAGUGCGAGUGAUCAGAAAUUUGUUACAAGGAUCAUUUACUGCCGUGGCAUUUGACAAUACGUAAAUUAAUUUGCGUGGAAAACUCUUGUUCGGAGUGUGGUUAAACUGUGCAUUACUCUAUGAAUGUGGACGAGUACAUACAAACUGCGACCUAUGGUAGCUGCCCAGACUUUUCACGUCCAUUUUAACAGCAUAUUCAUCUUUGAAAACAAAAUCUUGGGUUGCAGGCUGCAGAACAUAAAUUGGAAUUCAUAAUUAAUGUGCCCUGAACUUACAUGAGCCCACAUGUGCAUUAAAUUAACCAACUGACAAAUGUCGAUAUGUUCUACGUGGACGUCCUGGGUACCUGUCAACCGGUACAUACGCAAAAGGGACGAGAGGCCUAACCCCACGGACAUCAAAUUUUGGCGAACGCUUUCGUAUGUCAAAACCGUUUCGGAAGCUGUCGGCUACCUUCUCGCACCACUUGGGCUUGGAGUUUCACGCAGACCGAAGGCAACCAUCAGGCGUCUGGUGAUGAAACCGAAAGACCCGCUGCCAUAGAUAGAAACGUCUGGAGUCGUUUAUGGGAUAUGAUGCAAUUGCGGACAAAGCAACUACGUCGGAAAAACUGUAAGAGAGCUCUGAACGAGGAUGACCAAACAGGCUGCAGAGGUGCGGAGAAAAGACGCCAGCUCACAAGUCGCGGCUCGUUCGACGCGAUCCCGACACGCAUUCAGAUUCGACGAGGCUGAAAUUCUCGAAAGACGUGAAAACCGCAUGAGCCGGGAGCUACUUGAGUCAUGGUUUACUGGGGUUCAGGACAUUAACAAGUACAAAGACGUUCCCCUUCCAGACUCGAUGCUGAGACUCCGCCUAGGCGCAGUAAUUAACCGCGCGGGGAACCCACCGUAAAGACAGUUCCCAACGCCAGGUUCGGUGGGUCAGAUGGUCGAGCUGCCAUCACGCCAUCAUCCAACGUGAGUGAUGGAGUUGUAGCAGUUAACGACGCGAAUGUCGGUCAUCAAGCAGUCAGCACACCACGUGCAACGAUCCCUGAUGAAGGGGGGAGACGUGAACAUUCAUAAGUUUGCGGUAGCAUGUCGACUGCAUCCUAUAAAUACAACACCCCCUUGUGCAUGAACCAACCGCAUCUGCUUUGACUCUGAUGAUGGGUUCGAGCAGGAAUUCGAAGUGUCAGGCUAAUAAAGCUCUCAUCCCAGCGAUCGUGUCUCCUUCUGCUUCCCGGGACUCGCCUCUUCUCUUCCACUGGCCAUCUGUGUUAUUUUCCUCAUUCAAAUUCGGAAGAGAUUCAUAUUUGCGGGGGAAGGUACGGAGAGUGUUUUGUUAUCGAUACAGGCGAAGAUGCGAGUUCCAGGAGCUAGUUGAUCAGAAGACGAAGCGAUCGCUGGAACAAGGGACCUUGCUUCAACGAUUGCUUCUUCUUCUUCUUCUUCUUCUUCUUCUUCUUCUUCUAAUCGGUGUUAUAUUAAGUUGCAUGCGAAUUCUUAAGGGUUAAGACUGCGAUAGCGGUAAAAAUCAAGCAGAAAAUGACAUACAAUUUGGUGCAGACACUGGACAAUCAAGUAUUCAAGCGCUCUGCAAGUCACAUGUUAAGCGCAAAAUAAACCAACCAGUCAGGCAUAUUUUGAAACUUGCGUCUAAACAACUGCUUUACGCCUCCUUUACUUUUGUAACAACGUGUGGGAUCGGCGUAAACACUUUCUUCGCCAAAGAUCUCAGCAGGUUCCAUAUAGUAUUACUGAAGAAUUGCUUCGAGAGACAAUUAUUACGUCAGGUAUCGAAUCAACAAACUGUAAUUCGCAUAGUAAAAUACACAUUAAUACUUGAAUGACGCAAACUGAACAAAAUAGUUAAUUCGGUUUGGAAUGGUUGGUCAUAAUUACGCGAAAUUUCAGUGACGUUAUGUAAGGAUUUAUGACAGACUGGAAAUAAUUAAAUACACUGAUGAUUGUAACCACAAAUCGGUACUCUAAUGACGUAAUUUCUUUUGAAUGAUGAGAUAUGAUUAAACCUUGAAAACACCGUUUCAUGUUCAAAGUCGAGUUCUUUUUGAUAUUUACUUGCCUGAACUUAAUGUUCCCUAUUAUCCGAAAUUUCAGCACCAAGCUCCUUUAGUGCAGUGGCAGUUGACAGUCAGAGCAUCGAGUUUGGCUGGAAAACUCCCGCUCAAAAUAUGGUUGGACUGCAUAUACGUCUCUGGGUGUGGACAAAUGGGACUCCAGUCGUAACACUAGUGGAUGCCUCAGUCGGUGCCCAGAAGCGUACAAUGAGCGGUCUAAGUCCUCUGACGGAAUACAAUACCGCUCUGUCUUUUUUUAACAGUAAUAACAAUUUGGAGGACAUCCGCAACCAAACUAUUAAAGUCCUAACGUUUCCAAACGGUGAGUCAACCUCUGUUUCAUGA